AGGUUCCUUUCUACCGAACACAUGCUCGUCCGAAGUUCUUUUGAAUUUAUUCGUAGGCUGACUGCUUGCGGUGGCAAUCGACUAGCUAAUUUCUUCCCUUCAAUCGGGAAUACGAGGUUGAUUUCUCCCAUCCUUGCAAAAACAAUGGCUUACACAACUAGGGAAAGCGGCAGCCCUUAUUCAACGGACUACAGAAUUUAUUUCAAGAAUUCUGAUGGGCAGGCAGUCUCACCCUUCCAUGACAUCCCACUUUUUGCAAAUUCAGAGAAAACCAUUCUUAACAUGAUUGUGGAAAUCCCAAGGUGGACAAAUGCUAAAAUGGAGAUAUGUACAAAAGAAGCUCUUAAUCCAAUCAAACAAGAUGUAAAGAAGGGAAAAGUUAGGUUUGUCAACCACUGUUUCCCCUACCAUGGAUAUAUCUGGAAUUAUGGUGCCUUACCUCAGACAUGGGAAGAUCCAGGGCACACUGAUGCAGCCACAGGCUGCAAGGGCGAUAAUGACCCCAUUGACGCUUGUGAAAUUGGAACCAUGGUUAGUACAAGAGGUGAAGUAAAACAGGUCAAAGUCCUUGGCAUUCUUGCCAUGAUAGACGAGGGAGAAACAGACUGGAAAGUAAUCUGCAUUGAUGUUAAUGAUCCGGUAGCCAACAAUCUCAAUGACAUUGAUGAUGUUGAAAAACAUAUGCCUGGAUUGAUCAAGGCCACAGUCGACUGGUUCAGGAUCUACAAAAUCCCUGCUGGUAAACCUGAAAACAAGUUUGCAUUCAAUGCUGAAGCUAAAAACAAGGAAUUUGCUAUGGGAGUUGUUAAUGAGACUCACACAUUCUGGAAAGAUUUGGUCAUGCAAAAGACUGAGAACAAGGAGGGACUAGCAUGUAAAAACCUCACUGUAGCUAACUCGCCAUAUACCAUCAACCAGGAUGACGCUAACACUAUUAUUAACAAGGCUGAAGCCCUGAGUGCUCCACAGGCUGUCAGUGAUGAUGUGCAUCGAUGGCAUUUCGUGAAUCGCUCAUGACUAGCGAAAGGGAUACUUAACCAAGAAGACCUAAUCUCUUCUCAUACAGACAGAAAUAAUUCUUAUCCUCGUGGAAAAUUGUAAUAAUUGUGACAUUUUAAAAUUAAAAUGUUGUUUCAGUA